AUGCUCACCGGCCGCUUCUUCCUCACCUCUACCUAUGGAUUCGCGUCUUUCUACGUCUACACGAAGAUCGUGUGGAUGAUGCACAAGAACUGGAGGGACUACAAGUCGACGUUCUUCAAACUCUACACCGCCGAUUACUUUUUUGUUAGUUUCAGUUUGAGUUUGAGUUUGAAAACAAAACGUUUUUCACCAGAAUCUGCUGACAUUCCUCAACUCGUUCUUCACUCUCCGCGCACCUCAGAACACUUGUGACGACUGCUUCUUCUCUUUCCUCUUCAACUCCCAAACUGCCGAAUCGAAUUCGUGGUUUCCGUUGAACUUUUUCUUCACUCUCCACUAUUGCAUGGCCUUCAUUCAGUACUCCAUGAUCUUCCUUUUUGCUCUCAACCGUUGCUCUAUGGUUUUUCUGUUUAGCAGCUAUGAAAAAGUGAGUUUUGUGCUGGAGCCAUCCGGGAAUUGACUCAUUGGACCCCUUUAGUGGUGGCGUCCUGCUCUCCCGUGGCUUCUUCUGCUCGUCGCUGUUUUUCCCCUCACAAUAACGUGGCCCAUAAUGACGAAUCAUGCCUACUACAUCUACAUACCGAAAUUGGAGGGAUAUGCAACAAAGUCAUCGGCUGUGGGUCACAUGAAAGUUAAGAAAAUAUAAUUGGAAGGUUUCAGGACGUGUCCGAUAUUCUGAACGUGCUUCUCGCCUUCAUGGCGGUCGUCACCGUGCUCACUGCACUCGCCAACUUGCUCUCGAUCGUCCGCUUGAUUUGUCUGGCCGAUAGAAUCACUGGAGCCGAGAGAAAUCUGUUCUUCGUCAGUUUAGUCGCGUGUGUCAUCCAACUGCUUGCAGCCGGAAAUACGGUACUCCCUCGUUCUAAGUUCCCUUUCGAAUCAUUCGCAAUUUCAGUUGAUUCUCUUUUACGCCGUCAACGACUCCAACCGUUCGAGUAUUGGUGCUCAGACUGCUACGGUGCUGAUGCCUUUCGUCAGUGACCUUCUCACUCUGAGUCAUCCGUGGACUCUGCUUUAUUUCAGCCAAAAGGUCAGUUUCAUUGGGAUCAUAUUCCAUUUCAUUCGUUCUAAUUUAGGUACGCACAUCAUUGCUCACUUACUAUUACCCUCAUCUCAUGACUAAAGUAUUCACAGUCAGCAACACUUCCAACUACUAA